AUGUCCCAAAAUAACAACAGUUUUAUUCCAAUUUUGGCAGUGCUAUUUCUGGCCUUUCUGGUGGGCCAAACCGUAUCCGAGUGCAAUGUCUGUCAAUCGAAUAAAGUUGCCUGCAUCAAUUCCACUUCCUUCUAUCUGUGCUUUGGCGAUGGAACACCGCACACGGAUCAACUCUACCACUGCCUUGAAGGCUUCGACUGCACAAAUCUGACUGCGAUCUGUACCCAGAAGAGCAACCAGCGGCCGCCCAGCUGUGGGGACACCUCCCAGUGCGGUCAGUGCAGCGCCCAUCGGAACUUUCUGUUCGCCUGCCUGAGCCGUGGCAUCUUUCAGAUGUGCUAUGGGGCUGUCAGUCCCACUGGGAAGUUCGGUUAUUGUCCCACUGGCAUGGUUUGUGAUGCCAGCACCGAUAGUAUCUGUGUUCCUGAGGUGGCGAAUCAAACGCUGACCUGUGACCUCAACGAUCAGCUGGUGGAUACGACCACAGCGUCGCCGACUUCCAGUACAUCACCCGAUCCUAAUGAGAGUACAGAGAGCACCCCUACAGUACCUACAAUACCUACAGUACCUACAACCACUAUGAAACCCCUGACCCCCUUGGAAGUGUGUACGCAGCACCUGGAGACGGGCCUGUAUCCCACAGAUCCUCCGGAUACCAGUUGCAAGCGCUACAUCAGUUGCUACAUUAAAAAUAGCAUUGUUGUUCAAGCCAAGGAAUACGAUUGCCCGACGGACUCCUAUUUCGAAGCAGAGAUGCAGAAGUGCUCAUACAUGAAGCCUGCUACUUGUCUUUAA